AUGGUUGUGGUCAAUGAAAAAGAUCGUAUCAUUACCAUCGAAGAAAGUAAAGAAAAUUCGACAACUGAUUCACAGCGUACUUUAAUUCAAUACCAAUCAAAGGAUUCAAUUACCCUUCUUUUCCUUAAAGCGUUAAACAAGUGA